AGGGGUCACCUGGUGGACUUUGGGGGUCAGCAUUCGCCUGAGGGGGCUUGUGAGAAGCUGAGGCCCGGAGGCGUGAGGAGGCUGCCUUGCCUGGGAAGGUGCUGGGGGGCGAACGCCAGCCUGAAGCCACUUUCCAGGAACAGGGACCCUGAGGCCUUGCUCCAGCGGGCAGUGCAGUCGCCUCCUCUGUUUGUUCCUGUGAGGCCACAGUACCCGAGGGACCAGGUGACUUCUUUGGGAGCCGACUCCCCGUGUAUGCUAUUGAGGUGCUGGGAGCUUGGCCCCUGGGUCCCAGUCCAAGUUCCUUCGACAGAUUAACUUUGGGAUGGAGCAGAACUGGGAUUCUGCUUACCUUUAAAAUGCUUCCUUGUAAGAAGAGAAGAACUACUUUGAUAUCAUCCCCUCAGCGUAAAGACAGCCAGGAGGAGAUCCAUUUAGACCUAGAAACAGCUACUACUCCAGAACCUGACCAAAUUACAGACUUGGGCACAGUGUCCUUACCCUGGGGGCUGAGCCAUGUCAGAACACCAGGCUUGGAUGUGCAACCUAUGCAGGAUGCUGGUGACCGUACUUGUAAGGAGGAUCCAUCUGCCUCCAGGUUGCUUGCUCAGGACAUAGAUGUAGCAAUCCUAGAAGCUAUUGAUGUUCCCAACACUCAGGAAAUCAACCUUUCUUCCCUGGAGUCCUCUCAGCCUUGUAAUAUUCCUAUUGCUAAAGGAAAAAUCCAGGGAACUUGCAUGAGGAGGGGGAAGAGAAUUGCACUCAGGCCAGGGCCAGCUUCUCGGGAUGAUCAUCCAUACUUGAAGGAAUCUUCAUCCUCUGCAGAGGCAUGUGAGAAGAUUAGCAAUGAAAGUGGAAAACCUCAAAUGCAGUCUGAAAAGGAGGGGCCUUUACAACAAGUAGGCAACCACUCUGCAAGGCUUGGAAUUCAGCCAAAGAAAUCCUCCCAGCCAGGAGGGUUUACUUCUCCUCAAGAAAAGCCAGCUAGGACUCCUGCUCAUCAGAAUGAAGAAGAGAUGGAGGAUAUUGGACUGUUUAUUCCACUUGAAGAACAAGAUGGUGAGGAGGGUGAGAAAAGACGGAGAAAGAAAAAAGCCACCAAGAGGAAACGAGAUGGAAGAAGUCAGGAGGAAGGGACGUUGGCUUAUGACCUGAAACUGGAUGAUAUGCUUGACCGUACCUUAGAAGAUGGUGCCAAACAGCAUAACCUAACAGUUGUCAAUGUGAGAAACAUCCUUCAUGAAGUGAUCACAAAUGAACAUGUCGUAGCAAUGAUGAAGGCAGCCAUCAGUGAGACAGACGACUUGCCCGUGUUUGAACCAAAAAUGACACGAUCGAAAUUGAAGGAAGUUGUGGAGAAAGGAGUGGUAAUUCCAACAUGGAACAUUUCUCCAAUUAAGAAGGCCAAUGAAAUCAAGCCUCCUCAGUUUGUGGAUAUUCCCCUUGAAGAGGAUGAUUCUUCAGAUGAAGAAUAUCAGCCAGAAGAUGAGGAUGAAGAUGAAACAGCUGAAGAGAGUUUAUUGGAAAGUGAUGUGGAAAGCACUGCUUCUUCUCCACGGGGGUCAAAGAGGUCCAGAAUGAGACAGUCCUCAGAGAUGACUGAGACAGAUGAGGAGAGUGGAAUUCUCUCAGAGGCAGAGAAAAUCACCACCCCUCCCAUCAGGCACAUCAGUGCUGAGGUCGUACCCAUGGGGCCACCCCCUCCUCCUAAGCCUAAACAGAACAAGGAUAGUACUUUUAUGGAGAAACUGCAUGCAGUAGAUGAAGAGCUGGCUUGCAGUCCAGUCUGCAUGGAUUCAUUCCAGCCAUUGGAUGACAGUCUCAUUGCCUUCCGCACACGCUCCAAAAUGCCCCUAAAAGAUGUUCCCUUAGGACAGCUGGAGGCUGAGCUCCGGGCUCCAGACAUCACACCAGACAUGUAUGACCCCAAUACAGCAGAUGAUGAAGACUGGAAAAUGUGGCUUGGGGGGCUCAUGAAUGACGAUGUUGAAAAUGAGGAUGAAGCAGAUGAUGAUGAUGAUCCAGAAUAUAACUUCCUAGAAGAUCUUGAUGAACCUGACACAGAGGAUUUCCGCAAUGACCGAGCAGUGAGAAUUACCAAAAAGGAAGUGAAUGAGCUGAUGGAAGAAUUGUUUGAAACUUUCCAAGAUGAAAUGGGCUUUUCCAACAUGGAAGAUGAAGGUCCAGAGGAAGAAGACAAUGUGACUGAAUCCCGACCCAACUUCAAUACUCCCCAAGCCUUACGGUUUGAAGAACCCCUUGCAAACUUGCUCAAUGAGCAGCAUCGUACAGUGAAGGAGCUACUGGAGCAGCUAAGGAUAAAGAAGUCUUCAACUAAGCAACAGCCAGAGGCAGAGAGGCCCAAGCCCCAGAGUGAUAAGGCCCAGCAGACUCUCAUUUUGGAUGCAGCUCAGAGGAAAAGACUCCAACAACAGAUGCAGCAGCAUGUUCAGCUCCUGACUCAGAUUCACCUCUUGUCCAGCGCCAACCCCAGCCUCAGUUCGGAGGCCAAUACUACCAAGAUGUUUCUUAGGGAGCUGGGGACCUUUGCUCAAAGUUCCGUUGUCCUUCACCAUCAAUUCAACCCCAAGUUUCAGACCAUGUUCCAGCCGUGUAACCUGAAGGGUGCUAUGCAGCUUAUUGAAGACUUUCACUCACACAUCCACAUUGACUGGAGCCCUCGGAAAAAUGUCAAGAAGAGUGCCAGUGAAUUUCCUUGUCUGCCUAAGCAAGUGGCCUGGAUUCUGGCUACAAGCAAGGUCUUCAUGUAUCCAGAGCUGCUACCAAUAUGUUCCUUGAAGGCCAAGAAUCCCCGGGACAAGAUAUUCUUCACAAAAGCAGAGGACAAUUUAUUAGCUUUGGGGCUGAAACAUUUUGAAGGCACUGAGUUUCCAAAGCCUCUAAUCAGUAAAUACCUCCUGACUGCCAAGUCUGCUCACCAGCUGACAGUGCGAAUCAAGAACCUCAACAUCAACAGGGCUCCUGACAAUAUCAUUAAAUAUUAUAAGAAGACGAAGCAGCUGCCAAUAUUGUUUAAGUGCUGUGAGGAGCUUCAGCCUGAUGAGUGGAAGCCACCUGUGGAGAGGGAAGAGCGACAUCUCCCAUUCUGGUUAAAGGCCAGCUUACCAUCCAUCCAGGAGGAACUACAGCACUUAGCUAAUGAGCCUGGAGAAUCAGGAAAUUUAUCUGAAGUAGCCGAGCCCAGUUCUGAACCAGGACUUGACAAAGGCAACUUGGAAUUGAGGAAUGAGAAUCGAUAUCCCCUACUACUGCCCAAGGGUGUGGUGUUAACACUAAAACCACUUGCUAAACGGUUUUCUAGGAGGGCUUGGCGCCAGAGGAGGUCAUCAGUCCCAAAGCCCCUCCUUAUCCAUUCCGGUCCUUCUCUCCAACCUGGCUCCAGUACUGGGAGAACUCCAACUCGAUUAACCCAGUCAGAAGCUCCUCCAAGCAAAGUGGUGGUCCGGAUUCCCCGGCUGAUCCAGCCAGCCACUGUCUUACAGUCAGUGCCUGGAGCUCCACCUCUUAGUGUCACUGGGGGUGAUGGCUUUGAGCUUCCCAUGGCUUUGCCAUCUGUGGCCUCUGAGAAUGGAACUUGCCUUCCCCAAACUGUGUCCCAAACCUUGCUCUCCCCCGCCCCAGCAGCCUUCCAGACUAAGGUCAUGCUGCCGGCACUUGUCACCUCCAAGCCACGUAAGACAGGGACAAAGCGGGGACCCCCAAAGAAAGAGCGGACCAAGGCCUCCCCACUCUUAAAAGCUGCUCCCAUCCUUCGCCCUGCACCAGUCAUCCUCACUGUCCCUGCUACUACUGUAAAGGUUGUGAGCCUUAGUAAUGGCUGUAAUAUGAUCCAGCCUCUUGGUGCAGCUGUAGCUCAGAGCCCUCAGACAAUCCCCAUAACGACUCUCUUAGUUAGCCCCACCUCCUUUCCUUGCCCACUGAACCAGCCGCUUGUAGCUUCUUCCAUACCACCCUUAAUUGUCUCUGGUAACCCUGUGAGUCUCCCUGUGCCACCCACCUCAGAGGAUAAUGCGCAGGUGAAAUCAGACAUUUCUUGUCCUCCAGUGGAAGGAAAAAGUACCUUCCCAGCCACAGAGCCCAAAUCGGAACCACAGGAAUUAUCUGCUCUCUGCUCAGCUCUCUCACCCAAAGAGGAACACAGCCCCGUGCCUCCCACACCAGGCAAAGCAACCAGCCAGGAAGACCCAUUUGAGGGUAAUGCCCAUAGCUGGACUGUUGUAAAAACAAUGGAAGGGAGGGAAGUCCUAGAACCACUGCCUCAGACCUCCUGGGAAACUCUAACUUUUCUCCCAGGGGAUUUGGUGGAAAUUGUUAAAGUAGAGCCAGAAGACCCUGGGGAAGAAGUCAGACUGCCCCGGAACAAGUCCCCUGAGCAGAAUAUCUGUGGUGAAAUCAAAGAAGAGGUCUCUGUGGAGCUGGAUACAGGUCCUGCAGGUGAGGGGGCAAAUACUACCCAAGAGGUAAAGAAAGAGGCUGUUUUACAGGAGGAGGAGAGAGGUGAGACGACAGAGAUAUCUUCAGUUCCGCAUGAGACUCAGGGGGAAGGGAGCACAAGAGGAGAGUUGAGCAAAGGGUCUCCCAAGAAUAUUUCCUCUCCUACUAACCCUGCUGCCCUUAGUAGUCCCCUAGAGAAGCCUGAAGAUUCAUCCAGUUUUGAUGGCCAGUCAGUGGGAACCCCAGCUGGCCCAGAAACAGGGGGUGAGAAGGAUGGGCCAGAAGAGGAAGAGGAAGAAGAUUUUGAUGAUUUCACACAAGAUGAGGAAGAUGAGGAGAUGUCAUCAGCUUCUGAAGAAUCUGUGCUCUCAGUUCCUGAGCUUCAGGAGACCAUGGAGAAGUUAACUUGGCUGGCUUCCGAGAGACGCAUGAGCCAAGAGGGGGAUUCUGAGGAAGAGAACUCCCAGGAAGAGAAUUCAGAGCCUGAGGAAGAAGAGGAAGAGGAGGUUUCAGAGGGAAUGGAGAACCUGCAGAAGGAAGAUGAAAUGAUGGAUGAAGCAACUGGAGGUCCUGUUGAGAAGCCUCCUUCCACAUUUGCUUCACCUAAAGUAACCCCGGAAGUAGAAACCAGCAGGAUUCCCUCAGGUGAAAGCACCAAAGCUGUUGGAAAAGCCCGGGGCAGUCAUCGAGCUCGGAGCAAGAGGGGCCGGACCCGAGCCAGCAAGGAUACCUCCAAGCUACUCUUGCUCUAUGAUGAAGACAUCCUGGAGCGAGACCCCCUGAGGGAACAAAAGGAUCUGGCAUUUGCCCAGGCCUACCUGACCAGAGUCCGUGAGGCCCUACGCCAUGUCCCUGGCAAGUAUGAGGACUUCCUGCGUGUCAUUUAUGAGUUUGAGUCAAGCACACAGAGACGGACGGCUGUGGAUUUGUACAACAGUCUGCAGACCCUACUCCAUGACUGGCCUCAGCUACUGAAAGAUUUUGCUGCAUUCCUGUUGCCAGAGCAGGCCUUGGCCUGUGGGCUAUUUGAAGAGCAGCAGGCCUUUGAGAAGAGCAGAAAAUUCCUUCGGCAACUGGAGAUUUGCUUUGCAGAAAAUCCUUCACACCAUCAGAAGAUCAUCAAGGUCCUGCAGGGCUGUGCAGACUGUCUCCCACAGGAGAUCAGUGAGCUUAAGACUCAGAUGUGGCAGCUGCUUAAGGGCCAUGACCAUCUUCAGGACGAAUUUUCUGUCUUCUUUGAUCAUCUUCGACCAGUGGCUAGUCGACUGGGUGACUUCGAGGAGAUCAAUUGGACCGAGGAGAAAGAGUAUGAGUUUGAUGGUUUUGAAGAAGUGGCUCUCCCAGAUGUGGAAGAAGAAGAGGAACACCCCAAGAUGUCUACAGCCUCAAAAAACAAGAGGAGAAAAGAUGUUGGGGGCCAGAACCAUGACAAGGAAACAGAAUGGCCAGAUGGCCCCAAGGAUUGUGUCUGUUCCUGCCAUGAAGGCAAUCCUGACCCCAAGCUAAAGAAGAACAGAAGGAGAGGUUGCAGCCAUUGCAGCAGCAAGGUCAGCUGGGUGUGUGAAAGCAAGGCCUGCAAAAACAAAGAGCCCCACGAGCUGCUGGGUGCAAGCCCUCCUCCUGAGGCCAGCCCUACCCCUGAUGCUAAAGAAGCCGGACGAGGCAGAGAGACAGGAGAGGAAGAAGCCCUGGAUGAGCAAGAUAGCAGAGCCCCUACAGCAGCCAGAAAAGGGGAAAUGCCUGUUCCAGGAUUGGAAAUGGGAGGAACAUUGCUGUCCCCUGGAGAAGGAAAUCCCACAGAAAAAGCCCCCUUGGACAUCCCAGCACCUUGUUCACCAGAGAGCCCUCAACGUUCCCUUAAAGCUGGACUUGUGCCCAACUCAAUCAGAAGCCAAGCUGGAGCUGAAGGAGUCCAUACCCCAUCCCCCCAACUGCAGACCUUGAGUGAAGCCCAGCAGGCAGGAGCAACAUCAGGUUCUGGGAAAGCAUUUGCUGUUGCUGGGGGCCCUGCCUCCACUCUGAGCCCUGUGCCCUCUAGCACCACAGAUGUUGGGAAAGGACGGGCCUCUGGGCAAGAGAAACCAGACAUUCCAGAUAGCUGGCUGCAUCCUUGCAGGAAAUUUGACAUUAAGACAGCAAGCAAGGUUCCCACCAUCCUUGAAUCCCCCUCACCAAUAACUACCACGUCAGGGGCUGUUCACAGAGUCCCUGUUGGAGGCUUAUCCAAAGAGGACAGUGGCCUGCACAAUGUCAGGGGGCCUGAUGGAGAGCAACAGCUGAAGGCUUCAGAAGCUACAGUAUGUGCCAACAACAGCAAGGUCAGCUCCACUGGGGAAAAGGUUGUCCUCUGGACAAGGGAGGCAGACCGAGUGAUACUGACCAUGUGCCAGGAACGAGGGGCACAGCCUCAGACUUUCAACACCAUCUCACAGCAAUUGGGCAAUAAGACUCCUGGAGAGGUUUCACACAGGUUCAGGGAACUGAUGCAGCUCUUCCACACAGCCUGUGAGGCCAGCUCUGAGGAUGAGGAUGAUGCUACCAGCACCAGUAACACAGACCAACUCUCUGACCGGGGGGACCUCCUGUCUGAAGAGGAGCCAGAUGAGUGAAAUUCUGGAGAGACACAGGUGGUGUUUGUACAGGACCAAACAGGAAGACACUCCCUUCCUAGCUCACCAUUAUGGUCACUUUGGGCUCAGUUUACAAGGCUGGAGGAAGCAGGUAGUCCAAGGAAAAGGAGAGAAAUCAGGCUGGGAAGGGGAAGGGCCGUGGGGCUCAGCCUUCUUAAUAUUUGAAAGGAAGGCCUAUUAUGAAGGCUGCACUGACCUGAUUUGUAAAUACUGUACCUGAGGGUUGAGCCUUUCUCCCCUCUACUUUCCAUGUUACGUAUUUAUUGUUUUGUGAUCCAAUCACCAUCUUUCUAAAGCAUAAUAAACAAGUCCUCUUGGUGUAA